ACUGGCUUUACAGUUGUAGCGUCAGUGCCUCUCCGUUAAAUUUAAUGCCACCAUAGAUCAUACAAUCGUUCGCAACCUUAAAGCGCGCAGGCGCAGUGUAGGCUCAAUCGCCAUGGUUUUAACGGUCGUGUGGUGGCAGUACCGUCCAUGAUAUGAGUAUAAAUAAACGACAACUAGAUGAGUCUGAACAAAGUAAGCCCCUCGCCAUGAGUUUGAAUAAACGGGCCCGAGAUAAACCAGUAAUAAAUGACUCCCUUGACAUGCGUUUGAAGAAACGGCAAGAUCCAUCAUUACAAAAUUGUCCUUUGGAUUUGUCAAUGGGAAAAAGAAAAUCAGAUGGAAUAAUAAAGUCACCCGUCAGCAGUCUGCAUGGGUUAAAGAAAACGGAGGCAGCUGUGAAUGAUGAUUGGUCAUUGGGGUUAGAGAAGUCAGAUGGAGUGAGUGUGUCACCAGUCAGUAGCCUGCAAGAGUUAAAGAAAACUGAGAAAACUGUGGGUCUUGAUUUGUCAAUGGGAGGAAGAAAGUCAGCAGUCAGUAGCCUGCGUGGGGUAAAGAAAAGCAACACAAUUGUGCAGGGUGAAAGGGCUGCGACAUCUGAGGAGGUGAUAAAAAUACCAUGUGUUGUGGAAGAACCUGGAGUUAGAUACCCCCUUGAUGUUUGGUUCCUCAUAGCAGAUUACAUUGAUCCUGAAAGUGUGGGGAAAUUUGCCAGAAUAUGUAAAGAUUCUCUGUAUGUCACUUACACUGCCAUCUUUUGGUACAAAUUGUUCAAGAGAUACUGCACUGAUGGCCGCAUCACAGAAGCAUCAUUUAAAGUUAUACGGAAACAACGUGGGUUGAGAACUAGGGUGAUACGGUCAUUGCAUCGCAUCUACAAACCGUUGGCGAUGAAAAGAGAAACAGAUUUAAAUCCACCCAUGUUACUGAACAGAUUGAUUAGGAGCCAGUGGGUUGAGAGUAAUAAAAGAGGUACGGAAUGGAUUUACCACUUUGAAUUGUAUGAUUUUUAUAACAAGAGCAGAUGGAAACCAGAAAAGUUUGACGAAUUGUGGAAUGAUAUCACAGUCAAUCAAUCGGCCUACUGUGUAAUGCUAAAGAUAACAUCUUCACGAGAAGUGGAGUUGCCAAAACUUCGGGGACUUGUACUGCGAGAGAUUAUCCUUGUCAAAAUGGAAAAUAAAAUGACGAAAAUAAAAUGCAUACUCCACUCUUGCCCUAUGUUAACUAAUAAAGAAAAGAAGGUAUUCAUUUUUCAAACAGAAAUGCCAAUACUACGCACAAGGGUUCUGAAUUGGUGGAGCCCUUACUACCCCCGGAAGGUUAAGUGUCCCUGGAGGGGUUGAGCACAAUUUUGCUAAAAAUAUCCAGCCUGGAGAGCCAUAUUCUAUCACAGUAUUCAACAGCACAAAAGUGUAAAUUAUCUGUGUUAAUGCCGAUGAGCCCUAAAAUCUUAUUCCCUGAUCCACGUUCAGCACCCAUUCUUCAUAAGUGUUCCUGAAAGUGCAUUUUUGUUUAAUUGAUAAUUAAAUAUCCCUAGUGAUCAGCUGUUUUCAAAAAUUACAUUUUAAAACCCUGUUAAAAUCGAUGUUACUCCCAGUGUAUCAUGUAUACUUAGAAACAGCAGCACAAAACAAUUUAUCUGUGUUAAUACUUAAGAGCCCAAUGUUGUUCCAUAGACUUUCUGUAAAACGUUAUUCUUUGAUCUAUGUUCAGCAUCCAUUCUUGAUAAGUGUUCUCUGAAAAUGCAUUUUUGUUUAAUUGAUAAUUGAAUAUCUCUAGUGAUAAGCUGUUUUUCAAAAGUUGGAUUUUAAAACCCUGUUAAAAUCGAUGUAACUUGUAUAUUUAGAAACAGCAGCACAAAAGCCUAAAAUUAUCUGUAUUAAUGCUGAUGAUCCCAGUGUUGUUUCUGUAAAAUGUUAUUUGUUGAUCCAUGUUCAGCAUCUAUUCUUGAUAAGUGUUCUCUGAAAGUGCAUUUUUAGUUAAUUGAUCAUUAAAUAUCCCUAGUGAUAAGCUGUUUUCAAAAAUUACAUUUUAAAACUGUUAAAAUCUGUGUUACUUUGUUACUCCCAGUGGAUACGUAUAUUUAGAAAAGAUAUAUAAAACAUGUGAUAAUGUUUCAAGAUAAAUGUUGAUAUGUACUGCAGUUGAUUCUAGAAUGUGUAUCAGAAGAUAAUAAAACAAAUAUAUGUAUUCUA